UCCGGAUGUGACGAACCAGGAGCUGCUGGAAUCAUGGAGGCGAUUGUAAACGAAACAAUUUCACCAGAAGAUCUAGUGAAGUUUGAGAAAAAGUACAACACAGAGCAGAAACAGGGCGCACUGUCCCGAGCGACCCAGUUCGAAUACGCCUGGUGCUUAAUCCGCAGCAAGUACUCUACUGACAUUGUGAAAGGAGUUGCUAUUCUGGAAGAGAUUUACCCUACCGCAACGAAGGAUGAGCAGCGAGAUUACAUCUUCUAUUUGGCUGUGGGGAAUUAUCGGAUGAAGGAGUAUGAAAAAGCGCUGAAGUUCAUCCGGACUAUGCUGAAGAAUGAGCCAACCAAUCAGCAGGGUUUGGAGCUGGAGAAACUCAUCAAUAAAAAGAUGCAGAGAGAUGGCCUACUCGGCAUGGCGAUCGUCGGGGGAGCUAUCGUGGGAUUGGCUGGAAUGGCAGGCCUGAUUGGCUUGGCUGUCAGCAAGGGUAAAUCGUGACCAGUGACGAUGAAGAUUGUGUGCGUGUGUGUGGGUGGGUGUCUCGCUGAUGUUUAACGAUCACCUCAACCUUUAACAAUGAAGUCAAAUGCACAGACUGGCUGCCUGAUUUCCCAGUCUCUGCCCCGAAGUCUGGAUUCAGAUGAUGAUUGUUGUGUUGCAUGUUUCGUAGAUGAAGUUUCUUUUCUAAUAUUCUACCUGUUUUGACUCCCUCCUGGAACAUGUGUUCAGGUAGCCUUCAAAGCAAACCGGACUAAACAUUGUACAUACUGCUUUCUAAAAUAAUAAAUACCAGCCAGACCUGUAGAA